UAAAGCUGAAAACAAAAAAUAAUUGUCAAAAAUUUAUUUUGUUGGGUGCAGUCCGACAAAUCUGUGUAAAAAAGUAAUUUUUGGAUUUUUGUCUUCAAAAAUGAAGUCAGCUUUAAUGGUAGCUGAAAAGCCUUCAUUAGCGGCAUCACUCGCGACAAUUUUAAGCAACGGAAAGUGUUCCAGCAGAAAAGGCUCAAAUAAUGCAUGCUCUGUGCACGAAUGGUUCGGGAACUUCCAUGGCGAACAAGUGAAGUUCAAAAUGACUUCCGUUUGUGGUCACAUUAUGGGUUUGGAAUUCGUUGGCAAGUACAACUCAUGGGAUAAAGUGGAUCCAGCUGAGUUGUUCUCCUGUCCAACGGAGAAGAAAGAAUCUACUCCGAAUUUACGAAUGCCGGCUUUUCUAAGCCAGGAGGCAAAAGGCUGCGACUAUUUGAUUUUAUGGCUCGAUUGCGACAAGGAAGGAGAGAACAUUUGCUUCGAAGUAAUGGCAGCCGUUUCCGGCGUAAUCCGUAAUGUGUUUUCCAAUCGAGUGACUUACAGAGCCAAGUUUUCGGCCAUUACCGAUAAGGACAUAAAAUAUGCAAUGGACAAUCUCAUUCACCCCAACGAAAACGAAGCAAAGUCCGUCGAUGCUCGUCAGGAGCUGGAUCUCCGAAUUGGAUGCGCAUUUACGCGGUUUCAGACAAAGUUUUUCCAGGGAAAGUACGCCGAUUUGGACGCUUCAUUGAUUUCUUAUGGACCGUGCCAAACGCCAACACUUGGUUUCUGUGUCCAGCGGCACGACGAGAUUCAAACUUUUAAACCGGAAAACUUCUGGUACGUCCAAGUUACCGUUGGGGAGAAUCCGGAGAUCAAGCUUGAUUGGUCGAGGGUUCGAAUUUUCGAAAAGGAAGUCGCAUGCAUGUUUUUGAACAAAGUUAAAGAUCAGAAAGAAGCAUUGGUUGAAAGCGUCUCAUCUAAGGAAACAUUCCGCAGUAGACCUCAAGCCUUGAACACGGUGGAACUGAUGAGGGCUGCCAGUGCAGGGUUGGGAAUUGGUCCUCAUUCAGCAAUGCAAAUAGCUGAGAAAUUAUACACUCGAGGUUACAUAAGUUACCCUCGUACUGAAACUACGCAGUAUCCAGCAAACUUUGAUUUGGUCGGCGUGGUUAGGCUAUUGCAACCGUCUUCGGAAUUCGGUGACGAAGCCAGGGAUAUUUUGCGCGACAUGAAUAACCCUCGCAAGGGAAAUGACGCUGGAGACCAUCCUCCAAUAACGCCAAUGAAGUUGGCGUCACGCAACGAACUGGAUGGUGGCGACACAUGGCGCGUGUAUGAUUACAUUUGUCGCCAUUUCCUUGGAACCGUAUCACGAGAUCUCAAAUACCGUUUGACAACCACCAAGUUCAAAAUCAACAACGAGACGUUCACCAACACGUCUAGUGUUCUUAUUGAUCCUGGAUAUACAAAAGUAAUGACGUGGCAAGCAUUUAAUAAAAAUGAGAUCAUCACCCCAUUUUCGGUGAACGAGAAAGUAAAAAUCAACGAUGUCCGCCUAGUGGAGAGCCAAACUGGACCCCCGGACUAUCUGACGGAGUCUGAGCUUAUCUCUCUGAUGGAGAAGCAUGGAAUUGGUACGGAUGCAUCGAUUCCGGUGCAUAUUAAUAACAUUUGCCAGCGAAAUUAUGUCGCAAUUGGAGGUGGGCGCACUCUAACUCCCACAAAUCUCGGGAUCGUGUUGGUGCAUGGUUAUCAGAAAAUCGAUCCUGAGCUAGUCCUUCCCACAAUGCGUUCAGCGGUUGAGCAACAGUUGAAUCUCAUAGCGCACGGGUCUGCAGAUUUUCGAUCCGUACUAAAACAUGCCGUGGAAAUUUUUCGGCUCAAGUUUCUGUAUUUUGUUCAAAAUAUUAGCAACAUGGACAUUCUUUUCGAGGCGACAUUUUCAUCGCUGUGUUCAUCCGGUAAAGCCCUUUCGCGUUGCGGCAAAUGUCGUCGUUACAUGAAGUACAUCCAGACAAAACCAGCUCGACUGCAUUGUUCGCAGUGCGACGAAACCUACACGAUGCCAACGAAAGGCAUAGUGCGAGUCUAUCGCGAGCUGAAAUGUCCACUGGAUGACUUUGAGCUGCUAGCAUGGUCGAAUGGUGCAAAGGGCAAAUCGUACCCUCUGUGUCCGUACUGCUACAAUUACCCUCCGUUCAGGGAUAUGCCGAAGAAUUCGGGCUGCAACAGUUGCCCGCAUCCGACGUGUGCUCACUCACUGUCCAGUUUAGGCGUAUCGAGCUGUAUCGAGUGUGAUCGUGGCGUCCUCGUUUUGGACUGCACCAUGUCUCCGAAAAGUUGGCGUCUUGUGUGCAACUUUUGCGAUGUUAUCAUAAACUGCUUUGAUGAUGCUGUAAAAGUCAACGUAGAAGCUGAGUCUUGUGAGGAAUGUGGCGCCCAACAAGUAACCGCUAUUUAUAAAUCCGAGAAGACACCUUUCAAAGACGAUGUAACCGACAAGAAGGGGUGCAUCUUUUGCUUCGUCGAUUUUAUACCACUGGUGGAGAAACACAAAGCGGUGGAGAUGCGUCGGGCACAGGGAGGGAGGGGUAGAGGACGAAGUGUACGCGGACGCGGAGGGAAAAGUAGUAGAGGGCGCAACAAGCCGCCCAAAGACAAGAUGGCUCAACUCGCUGCUUAUUUUGUUUGAUCAGCAUAAGAACUUAUCAAUCCACAAUUCUAGUUCAACUACCUACUGCAUUUCUGUUACAUGACUAAAAAGUUCUGCAUUAGUCCUUCUUAUACUAACAAAUAUAUCUGUUAAUGUCAAAAUCAAGUAAGUCUCCAUUGGAUGUUAACAGUUAUAUUAACAAUACAAAUCCUCGAAGGUCUCGUGUAGUGUACGAAAGGUUUUUAUAUUGUGAAACACUUAUCGAUAUAGGCGUGUCUAUCUAUUGAUAUAGGAAUAAUAGAAGAUGAUUACUUUCUACAAAGUAAUCCUGAAUGGCAUUGAA